AGUGCAUUGAGAGCCUUAGCCCGGUCUGGAAUGAAGAUUGGACGCAUUGAAGAUGUGACUCCAAUACCUUCAGAUUCCACCAGGAGGAAGGGUGGCCGCAGGGGGCGUCUUCAAGCUUCUCCAAGAUUGGAACUCAAUCCUCAACUUGAUCUGAUAUUCUGCAGGGAGACAAUUUCUCGAGUGACUGGUGGGAUGAAGGUGAAGGCUGAUCGAGAUGAAGCGUCCCCUUAUGCCGCCAUGUUGGCAGCUCAGGAUGUGGCUGAGAAGUGUAAACUGGUGGGGAUCACGGCCCUUCACAUCAAACUCAGAGCAACCGGAGGAAAUCGCACCAAGACCCCUGGACCUGGAGCUCAGAGUGCAUUGAGAGCCUUAGCCCGGUCUGGAAUGAAGAUUGGACGCAUUGAAGAUGUGACUCCAAUACCUUCAGAUUCCACCAGGAGGAAGGGUGGCCGCAGGGGGCGUCGUCUGUAA